CUGGCGUGUAAGUCAAAAUCAUAAUAACAUUAUUCUAACAAACCUAGAAAAUAAGAGAACUGGUUCAUGACGGGUCAUGAGAGGUCUCUAUAUCAUACGUGGUCCUCUAUGCCGGCCCUUGUUGGCUCGACCACCGCAAGUUUUAAAACGAUACAAAUUCUCAGGCCGAACCAAACCAGCUGAAAAAUCCAAGACUUCUCUCCCUAACACGCCAGCUAGGACGCGAUUUGCGCCAUCUCCAACUGGAUAUGUGCAUAUAGGCUCGUUGAGGACAGCAUUGUAUAACUACUUGCUCGCGAAGGCCACCGGCGGCCAAUUCAUACUCAGGGUUGAAGACACGGACCAGUCUCGAAUCGUAGAAGAUGCCGAGACGAGGUUAUUCGAAGAUCUAAAAUGGGCUGGGUUGAGUUGGGACGAAGGUCCCGAUGUUGGCGGGGAGUACGGCUCAUAUAAGCAGUCAGAGAGGCUAGAGCUGUAUCGCAAGCAUGCGGAACAGCUGAUAAAUGAAGGCCUCGCCUACCGAUGCUUCUGCACGCCCGAGGACUUGGAUCAGAUGAGAUCCAUAAGCAUUCAAGAGGGCAAUCAGCCCAUCUACAACGGGACCUGCACGCACAUCUCUCCGGAUGCAUCCGCGCGCCGGGCGGAGAACGGUGAGCCGCAUUGUGUACGAUUCAAAUGCGGCCAGCAGCCUGUCGUCAACGACCUGGUCUACGGAUACUACAAGAAGCCUACCGUGGAAGAUGAUUUCAUCAUCAUUAAGCAGGACGGAUAUCCAACCUACCACUUCGCCAACGUGGUCGACGACCAUUUGAUGGAGAUUACACACGUUAUUAGAGGCGCUGAAUGGCUAGUAUCUACACCCAGGCACGUAGCGCUCUACGAGGCCUUCGGAUGGCAGAUGCCCUCGUUCGCGCACGUCGGACUCUUGGUCAACGAGGAGAGGCAAAAGCUAAGCAAGCGCCAUGGAGACGUCGACAUCGCAUCCUGGCGAGACCGUGGCAUUUUACCUAGCACACUACUCAACUACGUCAUGCUGCUGGGUUGGAGCAUGGGAAGGGGAGUAAAGGGGCAGCAAGAAGUCAUGGAUCUGAAAGAUAUGGUUGAGAGGUUCCAUCUCGGCUUCACCAAGGGCGACAUCACAGUCAACAACAAGCACGAGUACCUCCAAAAGGCACACGUAAAGCGUCUCGCCCAAGCACACGGCCCAUCUCACGUCUCCCACAUCCUCCUCCCGGCUCUCACAUCCCGCGUGCAGAAAUACGAAGACGCACGCAACACAGACCCCGAAGAUCCAACCGCAGCCCCGGCCCCAGGCGUCAACAGCAAAAUCGUAUCCGAGCUCGGCCCCAUGGUCCCUCUCGCCAGCGACACCACCACCGCCAACGGAACCAUCUCCAAAUCUUACCUAGACCAGGUCCUCCAGCUCGACAUGCAGAACUACAAAGACGCCGAGACCUACGUGUCCCGCAACCGGUUCCUGAUCUGGCAAGUCCCCGAGUCCCUGUACCGCUCUAGUCUGCAAGAGGAGAUGGCCAACGUAACUCAACUCUUCACGGAUAGGGAGCUGGGGGUGUCUGCCGAGGAGGAGGAGGAGUAUGAGGAAGAAGAGGAAGAAGAGGAAGAAGAGGAAGAAGAAGAACGGCAGAAGGACGAAGACCGCUACCCGCAGACCGUCUCGGGACUCACCGCCACGCUGCGCGAUAUCCUAGAGGCUUUGGAGGGUUCGGAGUGGACUAAGACGGGGAUCGAGGGUGCUAUCCUGCCGUUCCUUAGGUCUAUAUACGCCACGCCGAAGACUUCCGAGCCUGGCUCUGGAUACCAAGAGCCGCAGCUCUGGGGAUACCAUCUCCUGCGCUGGGUCGUCGCCGGGUCGCGGCCCGGACCGUCGUUGAUACCGAGUCUAGUCGUGCUAGGCAAGGAGGAGACUAUGAGGAGAGUGGAGGAGGCAUAUGAAGUGGCUAAGAGCGAAGAGCUUAAAGAGGUCGAGUAGGAAGUUUAGGUCAAGUCAAGUCUGGUCUGCAUGUCUUAGGUACUGAUCGACCACAAGUCCAGGCCACGCAGAAAAAGACAAUAGUCGACCAAGUCAAAGUCAUGGAACGAAAAAGAAAACUCGUGUAUAUCAGGUACAAAGCAU